AUGGCUGGUGGGUUUGCCGACUUCGAUGCUGGCCACCGGGACCUCGUAGCUGUCACCAAGUUCAACUUUUAUGGCAACCGCAUCGUUACGGCCUCGUCCGACCAUCGUAUGAAAGUAUGGGACCUGAGCGAAGGCCAAUGGCAGCUCACGGAUACCUGGCGAGCUCACGAUGCUGAAAUUCGUGAUGCUUCAUGGAAUGGCCCUUUCACGGGGCAGCAUAUUGGUAGUGUUGGAGAGGAUAUGAAGUUCAAAAUCUGGCAAGAGGACGUUACCCAACCGCCUAACUCGGGCCGAAGAUUCAGAUCUAUCUUUCGUAUGAACGCCCCGCAGCGACAUCCAUUCGUAUCGCUCGAUUUUCGCAAUAUUGCUCUGGAGUCAUGGCUGGCCCUCAUCACACGUGACGGCUACCUGAUGGUAAUGGAGCCUGUCAGCCCGGAUAGUCUAGCAGAGUGGCAGCCUAUUGACCAAUUCCGGGUGUGCGCUGCCCCAGAACGUGGCGAAGAAACUAGCUUCAAAGUUCAAUUCCACCAUGACCCCACCGAUAUCACCCAUACACUCGUACCUGACUCCGAUCCAAAGAGCCUCUCGCUAGUUGUGGCCGCCAUGGACACGGUCAAGAUCUAUCGCACGGACGCGAAUCGGCGGUUUUAUCAUGCGAUAGAGCUGAAUGGACACAAUGGUCUUGUUCGGGAUAUUUCAUGGGCUAAUGGGUCUGUAAGAGGCUAUGACCUCAUUGCUAGUGGAGGCAAGGAUGGCCUGGUUCGCAUUUUUGAGGUUUACACAAUUCCCGCCAACCAAGGAUCCCAAAGCCAGAACUCCCACAAGACUGAACGCCGCCAGCAGCCACCAUCCUUGUCGCGCGGUACAUCCCAGUCGGGGAUUGGGAAUGCGUUAGCCAAUCGUCCUGCUCCCUCCGCGGCCAAUCGGCAAGCGACUUGGGAUUCGCAAUUCCGACAUUCCUUUAAACAAGUCGCUUGUAUAGAGAGUAAUCACCUAGACGUGUGGCAAGUCGAAUUCUCUUUUGCGGGCGACUCGUUGAUUUCCUCUGGCGACGAUGGCGCUGUUCGUUUUUGGAAGAAGUCUUUAUCAGGAACGUGGCUUGAGUUUGCUGAGACAGACCUGGCUUCCCAGUAA